UACCGGGUUCACGCCAUUCUCCUGCCUCAGCCUCUGGAGUAGUUGGGACUACAGGCGCCCGCCACCACACCCGGCUAAUUUUUUGUAUUUUUAGUAGAGACGGGGUUUCACCGUGUUAGCCAGGAUGAUCUCCAUCUCCUGACGUCGUGAUCCCCCUCCCAAAGUGCUGGGAUUACAGGCCUCGGCCUCCCAAAGUGCUGGGAUUACAGGCGUGAGCCACCGCGCCCGGUGUUGAAACUCUCUUGAGGCAUUUUCUUCGGCCUUCGGGUCCAUCCUCUGUCUCCUCCUUGACCUCCUCAUCUCCUCGCCACUGCCUUGGGGACCUUGGCCAGGCUCAUGGCAUCCAGCAGCCACUCAAUGUCAAUACCUCCAUGUUCAUCUCUCAGCCCGCCCUUGCCCGUGAACCCAUGCUUAUUUAUUUAUUUUUUUUAUACGUUCACCCAUGCUCUUCAGGUCUGAUGAAGUAUCCAAAAUCAAGCUCGUGACCAUCCCCAAACCUGCCCCUUCUGCAGGGUUUACCUCGCUAGUCGGCGCCAUCCUUGAUUCUUCUCUUUCUCCCACCCAGGCCAUCAUCUCUUGCCUGGUGGAUACCCACAGCCUCCCCUUUGGGCUUUAUCCUUAUCCCCGUCAUAGCUGCCAGAGGGACCCUGUGAAAACACUCCCCAGCCUGCUCAUUCCUCUGCCCUAAGCCUGCAUGGCACAGAGCAAAAGCCAGUUGUUAUGGGACCUAGGAGGUCCUGUGGGAUGGGCCCCAGCCUGCAUCUUCAUCCUCUUCUCCCCACCCCACUCCAUUCACUCUCUGCCUAUCGCUCACCAGCCUAUACCACCUGCCUCAGGGCCUUUGCACUGACCAUUUAGGCCACAUUCCAGGCUCUUUUCACACGUUGCCUCCUCUGAGAAGCCCUCCCUGACCACUCUGCCCAUACCUCAUGCCUCUUGAUUCCCCUUACCUGGCUUGUGGUUUCAGCACUUUCCCUGUGUGUGUUUGUUUUUCUUGGCAUGAGGGCAGGACCUAAGUGUCUGUUCCCCGUUGAUUCCCCAGUGCCAGGCAUGCAGUGCAAACUCUAGAAAUAUUUUUUGCAUGAAGGAAUGAGUGAUUGAAUGCAGCAAGGGUCUGGAGGCUGAGGACCAGGCAGACAGACAUUCAGAGUCGCUGGAACGCGACAGAGACAGGGAGCCAGACUGGCCAUGCAAGGCCAGCUCUGGGGUCUCGGCAGGUGGUCCGCAACAUGACCUCUGAGUUCUUCGCUGCCCAGCUCCGGGCCCAGAUCUCUGACGACACCACUCACCCGAUCUCCUACUACAAGCCCGAGUUCUACACGCCGGUUGAUGGGGGCACUGCUCACCUGUCUGUCGUCGCAGAGGAUGGCAGUGCUGUGUCCGCCACCAGCACCAUCAACCUCUACUUUGGCUCCAAGGUCCGCUGCCCGGUCAGCGGGAUCCUGUUCAAUAAUGAAAUGGACGACUUCAGCUCUCCCAGCAUCACCAACGAGUUUGGGGUACCCCCCUCACCUGCCAAUUUCAUCCAGCCAGGGAAGCAGCCGCUCUCGUCCAUGUGCCCGACGAUCAUGGUGGGCCAGGACGGCCAGGUCCGGAUGGUGGUGGGAGCUGCUGGGGGCACACAGAUCACCACGGCCACUGCACUGGCAUGUGUCACACCUUUUCUCCCUGGCCGUGCCCAUCCUGCACAGCCCCCAAGCCAUGCUGAUCACACUCCCAUGCCCCAGGCCAUCAUCUACAACCUCUGGUUCGACUAUGACGUGAAGCGGGCCGUGGAGGAGCCCCGGCUGCACAACCAGCUUCUGCCCAAUGUCACGACAGUGGAGAGAAACAUUGACCAGGCAGUCACUGCAGCCCUGGAGACCCGGCACCAUCACACCCAGAUCGCGUCCACCUUCAUCGCUGUGGUGCAAGCCAUCGUCCACACGGCUGGUGGCUGGGCAGCUGCCUCGGACUCCAGGAAAGGCAGGGAACCUGCUGGCUACUGAUUGCUCCAGGCGGACAAGGCUGACAAGCAAUCCAGGGACAAAAUACUCACCAGGACCAGGAAGAGGACUUUGGGGGACGGGCUUCUCCUGUGAGCAGCAGAGCAGCACAAUAAAUGAGGCCACUGUGCCAGGCUCCAGGUGGCCUCCCUGGCCUGUC